AUGAGAGAGAAGAGGAGAGAAGGGCCCCCAGGAGCAGAGAAGCAGCAGAAGCUGACGAAGCGCAGCAGCAGCAGCAGCAGCAGCAGCAGCAGCAGCAACGGCAGCAGCGGGAGGAACGGGAGCAAGAACGACAGCAGGAGCAAGAGCAGCAGAAGCAGGAGAAAGAACAGCAGCAGCAGCAGCAGCAACAGCAACAGCAGCAGCAGCAGCAGCAGCAUGGAGGCAGAUCCGGUAUCAGGGGAGAAGGAGGGCCUGGGGGGAGGAGGACGCAGCACCGAGUGGGUUUUGCGUAUGCAGCUGAUAGCGAACCUUGACCCCACCGUACAGUGGCAAGACCUCAAAGACUUCGGCAGGAGAGUGGGGGAGGUGAACUUCGCGAAUGUUGUUUUCGCUGGAGGCCGCAAAUACGGGUACAGCAGCAGCAGCAGCAGCAGCAGCAGCAGCAACAGCAGCAGCAGCAACAGCAGCAGCAGCAGCAGGAACGUUGAGCAGGUAUUAGAGUAUUGUGAAGAGGAGACAAUGGAGCGAGCUAUAAGAGAGCUAGAUGGGGUACGGCUCCGCUCGUCAGCUGUCUCCGCGCGAAGAGACAGAGGAGACUUUGAGUCUCUGUUGCUCAGCAGCAGCAGCAGCAGCAGCAGCAGCAGCAGCAGCAGCAGCAGCAGCAGCGGGGGGGGUGUUGCGCUCGUCAGCUGUCUCCGCGAGGAGAGACAGAGGAGACUUUGA